GUGACGCAGUUCGGUAUAUGUCUGAGGGUCAGAAAAAAGAGAAAAAUAUAAAGUCAAAUCAAAUGCGCAUAGCUGAAAUAAAUCAACGUUUCUCAUCAAAUCAAUCAGCACCUAAAGCCAAAAAACAACAAAACAUAUUUAAAUAAAGCGAAGCAUAUACAAAUUGCAUUUAGAGCAAGAGCAUUAAUCGCUUGUCACCUGUGUGCUGUGGGUGUGUGUGUGUGUGUUUGUGUGGGUGCGUGCGUUGUGUGCUGCGCGUGUGUUUGUGUGUGCUUUGUUCUAUAAGAGCCGCUGGUGUGUGGAAAUGGCGAAGAAAACCUACGAUUUGCUCUUUAAACUGUUGCUAAUUGGCGAUUCGGGUGUUGGCAAGACCUGCAUAUUAUUCCGUUUCUCCGAUGAUGCCUUCACCUCGACCUUUAUAUCCACCAUAGGAAUUGAUUUCAAAAUCAAAACCGUGGAACUGAGGGGCAAAAAGAUCAAACUACAGAUAUGGGACACGGCCGGCCAGGAGAGAUUCCACACAAUAACCACCUCCUACUAUCGCGGGGCGAUGGGCAUCAUGCUAGUCUAUGACAUAACGAACGAAAAGAGUUUCGAGAAUAUCGUCAAAUGGCUACGGAACAUAGACGAGCAUGCCAACGAGGAUGUCGAGAAAAUGAUUCUGGGCAACAAAUGCGAUAUGACGGACAAGCGUGUGGUGAACAAAGAGCGCGGCGAGGCGAUUGCCCGCGAGCACGGCAUAAGGUUCAUGGAAACAUCCGCCAAGUCGAACAUCAACAUUGAGCGUGCUUUUUGCGAGCUUGCCGAGGCCAUAUUGGAUAAGACAUCUGGAAAGGAGGCGGCCGAGAAUCCUGAGCGCGUUGUCAUCGAUCGCCGGAAUAAUGACAAGGCCCCGGGCUACAGCAAAUGCUGUGCGUAAAACGGGGACGAGUGGCCCUGAGGCCGGCCCGUUGGUCAAGGCUCUCUCUGCCGUGGCCGUGGCGGUGGCGUGUGUUUAGCUGUGCGACGCGAGACGAGAUAUUGGGGGUUUGCGGAUCGGUUUUUGAAACUGCUCCACACGCAAAUGAAGCAAUAAACGUAAACACACACAGACCGGGGUAGAUGGAGAGGAGAGAAAUUACUUACUACAAGAAAAUAUGCAGAAGGAAAAGCAAGCAAACAAACAAUAGAAACAGAAACAGUAACAGAAACAACCUACCUAAAGUUUAAACAAUUUGUAACAACGAACAUUUGGAAGAAACUUUACAAUCCGUAGACGACAAAGAUGUUUGUUAUAAGGAAGCUUCAGAUACAGAAACAGCUAGAGAUACAGAUACGUUAGUUAACGCACAACACAUUUUGAACCAAGAACAAUUCUCGACCAACAACAAAACAAAAAAAAAAAAUUAUAAACCGCGCGAGCGAGAGAAGCAGAAGAAGGAGAAACAGAACUGCAUUUCAUGUCUGUCUCAGGGCACUGCACUCCAGGACUGUUUAAGGCGUGUCAGGCUUCCCAGGAAAGCGGACAUCUUGAGCGAUUUCUAGUUAGCUAACGUGGGACAGAUUUUUUACAAUACGAGUAAUACGAGUAGGGAGUACCACAGAAGAACAACACCCUUUUUUCCAUAGACCAUCUCUAGACGAGAAAACGCUAGAAAAACAAAGCAAUUUUUUAUAAUGGAACAUUUUUUGAUAUGCUAUAUACCAUGAUUCCUAUUACAUACUACACCAGCGCACCUUUACUGCUCCAUCUUCCAUUUCCACAGUCCGCAGUCCGCAGUCCGCAGUCCACAGUCCACAGUCCGUAGUCCUCUGGCAAAAGUGUGGGUGGGUUUUUCUUCAUCGUACUAUUUGUGUUU